AAAUGUUUGAACUUUGGAUGUAGUUGGAGUUGGAGAAAUGAAUGAUGAACUUCUGAGCACGAACAUUUUUUAACUUAUCACGAUGUUCAAGCUUUGGGGUGUUGAGUUAAAAGGUCAAAGUUGGUGGAUUUUAUUAUCAAGCAAUUUCGGGACACGAUCAAUCAACAGUAUGGCAACGGAAGCAGCCAAAAGAUUCUCAGUGAAGACGGACACAUCAGUUUUCAAGAGGCUUGGAAGAGGAAAUCAAGAAAAUAUCGCAAGAAGUCAUCAAGUGAAAAAUCUGGUCUGCAAGUAUUGGUUGGAAGGAAGAUGCACGAGAAAUCCUUGCAAAUUUAAGCACCCGGAUCAAACAAUCAGUAAAUCAAAAUAUGCUUGGAAGAAUCCAAAUACAUUAAAGUCAGAGAAUUCACCUCCCAUUGAGAAGCCCCGAACAAAAUUUUCGAAGAACAAAGAGAACUCCAACCUAAAUCAGAAUGUUCACAAGUCCCAACACAAAUUGUUGACAAAUGAAGUAAACCCUGGUCAAUCUAAAAGCAUCCCCAAGAAAAACAGCAAGAACUUGCAUCCGGGGUUCUAUGGUAAGGGACUCUCAAUGGUGACCCCUUUAGAAGGGCAUACAAAGGCUAUAACCGGGAUUGCUUUGCCAUCUGGAUCCAACAAGCUCUUUUGUGGUAGCAAGGACAAAUCUUUACGAGUUUGGGAUUGUAAUAGCGGACAGUGUGGAGCAGUUUUCGCCUUUGAUGACGAAUGUGGGAGUUUAGUCAACGAAGGUCAAUGGAUUUUUGUUGGUCUACGAGAUAUGAUUAAAGCAUGGAACCUCAACACACAACAUGAAGUAAUUAUUCGAGGAAGCGGUGGACAAGUUAAUGCAAUUACGAUGUUUGAAGACGUUCUUUGCUCCGGAAUGGAGGAUGGUAUCAUUUUGUCAUGGAAAUCAACUUCAGAAAGGAGUUUCUCUGCAGUGGCAACAUCUUUGAAAGGCCACACAGGACCUGUACUUUCCCUUGUUUUUGGAGCUAAAAAGCUCUAUUCUGGUUCUGCUGACAAUACCAUACGAGUAUGGGAUGCUGAAACCCUAGAGUGUAUUCAGGUUUUAAGUGGACAUUCGGGUGAUGUGACAACAGUUCUAUGUUGGGAUCAGUAUUUAUUGUCGGGUUCCUUGGACAAAAAGAUCAGGGUUUGGGGUGAAACCGAAAAUGGCAACAUUGAGGAGGUUUAUCAACACAAUGUAGAUGAUGAUGUUUUUGCCUUUUGUGGGAUGCAUGAUGCAGAAGGAAAGCCGAUCUUGCUAUGUUCGUGCAAAGACAAUGGUGUUUGCUUAUAUGAUUUGCCAUCGUUUGUGGAAAGAGGCAGAGUUGUUUCAGGAAGAGACAUUCAAGCGAUCCAAGUGGGUCCCGAUGGUCUGUUUUUUACUGGUGAUGAAGCAGGGUUGAUCUCAGUUUGGAAGCUAACUCUAACUGGAGGAGGAGAAUCAUUAUGCAAAUCUUAAGUUGGUUUUUGAUGAGAAGUUAGUUUUGUAUUGUUUAGAUGACCAUGGUGACCCUCCCCUUGAAGGAGUAAAUUGUAAAUUAACAUUUAACAUUUAUUUGAAUGAAUACAAGUUGAAUUGAGAUGUGUUAUUUUAUUUUACUCUUGGUGUGAAUACUGAAUAACAUCC